AUGGACACCAUAAACUUGGAUUUUGAUGAUGAGUGUAAUAUUACUCCAUUUUUAGAUAAAUCUGAAAAGAAUAGUUCUUCUAUCAAUGAUGGCACUAGCAAAAAGAGACAACAUAGAAAGACAUCAACUACUUGGGAUGAAUUCUAUUUGUUACCUAUAGAUGUUGAUGGAAAACAGAAGGCGAAAUGUAAAAAAUGUGGGGCUGAAUAUGUUGCUAAUGCUUCAACCCAUGGGACGACAAAUUUGAGACGCCACAUUAAUAGUUGUCCAUUACGUGAUAAUUAUGAUGUGAAGCAGAUGCAUAUGGAUUAUGGAACCAAACUUCAUGCGAAAAAAAUUAAGCAAGAUGUUUAUUGUGAGAAGAUGACAAUUGCCAUAAUAAAACAUUGCUAUCCUUUUUCAUGGGUUGAGCUUGAAGGAAAUCGAGAUGUGCAUAAAUAUCUUAAUCCUGAUGUUAAACCAAUUUCUAGGAACACUGCUAAGGCUGAUGUUUUGAAAAUACAUAAAAGGGAGAAGGAGAAACUUAAACUUACACUACAGAGUGUUUUUGGUAGAGAAUGGGGUAUUGAUAGGAAAAUAUUUUCCAUCACAUUGGAUAAUGCAAUUGCUAAUGAUAGUAUGCAAGAUAUUCUAUCAAGUCAAUUGUCUUUGCAAGCACCUUUAGUAAGUGGUGGUGAAUAUUUUCAUGUAAGGUGUUGUGCUUCUAUUUUGAAUCUCAUUGUUCAAGAAGGCUUAAAAGUGAUUGAACGUGUUGUGUUUAACAUUAGGGAAAGUGUCAAGUACAUUAAGGGUUUAGAAGGCAGAAAACUUAAGUUUGAAGAAUGCAUUAAACAAGUUGGUAUACUUGCUUCAAUCAGUUUGCGCUUGGAUGUACCAACUAGGUGGAAUUCAACUUUCAUGAUGAUAGAAAGUGCACUUAUAUAUCGACGGGCUUUAAUUCAUUAUGCUUUACUUGUUGCAAAUUAUAAGUAUUGUCCGUCAAAUGAAGAGUGGAAUAGAGCUGAGGUCAUUUGCAAUUUCUUGAAGCCAUUUUACGACAUGACAAAACUCUUAUCGGGUUCGGAUUAUCCUACAUCUAAUUUGUAUUUUUCAAAUAUAUGGAAAAUUCAAUUGCAUUUACUUGAAACAAUGGAAAAUUCAGACAGUAUUGUUAAUGGUAUGGCUGCAAAAAUGAAAGAGAAGUUCGAUAAAUAUUGGAAGUGUUAUAGUGUCGUUUUGGCAUUUGCAAUUGUUCUUGAUCCUCGUUACAAGCUUCAAUUUGUCGAAUUUUGUUACUCAAAGGUUGAUUCCUCCACUUCUCGGAAAAAGCUAAAUCUCCUUCGUCAGAAAUCAGUACCCAAGCUUACGUUUGGAAAUAUGACACUGGAGAUAUAUGUGUUUAAUAGGACGCCAUCUGGGUGUGAUGAUUCAGAAGUACACACAUUAGAUGUGGUAGAUGACCUCGAUACGUGGGAGCUGUUUUCAGCAUUUGGUCUUGAUGGUGCAUUUGAGAAUGAAGCUCCCGAACAAUCUAAGGUGAUUGAUGAAAAAGUUCCCUUGAUUAGCAUGUUACUUGAAUCAGAGGGGUAG